GUUUAUCCAUAUGGCCACCGUUAAUCAUCACUGCCUCCUCAAUCUCCCUCACAUCCCACCGCCGCCGCCGAUUAACCGCCCAAAACCUCUUCUUCCUCCGUCAUCCCUCCCCUCUCUCUCACUCUCGCGUCUAUCUUCCCUCUCCGCGUCUCUCUCUCUCUCACCAGCAACCAUCCAUAAACGCUCUCCCUCAUCUUCGUUCGAAAGGGAAGAGAUUGAAUCCGCCGUCGAUGGCUUCUUCUAUCUUCUCCGAUUGUCGUCUCAGCACCACGACGUAGAGGUAACAAGAGCCGUGCACGCUUCCUUCCUCAAGCUCAGAGAAGAAAAAGCGAAGCUUGGCAACGCCCUAAUCUCGACGUAUCUCAAGCUAGGCCUCCCUCGCGACGCUCUCCUCGUCUUCGCGUCGCUCUCUUCGCCCUCCGUGGUGUCUUACACAGCUCUCAUCUCGGGCUUCGCGAGGCUAAACCUCGAGAUCAAGGCUCUUAAAGUUUUCUUCAAGAUGAGAAGCGAAGGUGUCGUCGAGCCCAACGAGUAUACUUUCGUCGCGGUGUUGAACGCUUGCGUGAGGAGUGGGAGAUUCUCGCUCGGUGUUCAGAUUCACGGGUUGAUUGUAAAGUCUGGGUUUUUGGAUUCUGUUUUCGUUUGUAACUCUGUGAUGAGUUUGUAUUCGAGUGGUGACGCGCGUAAGGUGUUCGACGAAAUGCCGAAGAGAGAUGUUGCGUCGUGGAACACUGUGAUUUCGUGUUUGGUGAAGGAAGGUUUGUUUGGUGAAGCGUUUGGUUUGUUUUGUGAGAUGAAUAGAGUCGAAGAAGCUGAUAGCUUUACGGUCUCGACGCUUUUGAGCGCUAGUGACUUGAUGAGAGGGAGAGAGCUUCACGGCCGUGUAAUUAAAGUUGGGUUGAGGCAGGAGUUGAGUGUGAGUAAUGCUUUAAUUGGGUUUUAUGCUAAAUACGGGGAUGUUAGAAAGGUGGAGACUUUGUAUGAGAUGAUGAGUGUGAGAGAUGGGUUUACUUUGACGGAGAUGAUCACUGCUUACAUGGCGUUUGGAAUGGUGGAUUCAGCUGUUGAGAUGUUUGAGAAGAUACCUGAGAAGAACGCUAUUAGCUACAACGCUCUAAUGGCUGGGUUCUGUAGAAACGGUUACGGUUCCAAGGCGUUGAAGUUGUUCAUUGAAAUGCUGCAGAGAGGUGUUGAGUUGACGGAUUUUAGUUUAACGAGCGCUGUGGACGCUUGUGGUUUAGUUGCAGAGAAGAAAGUAAGCGAACAGGUUCACGGGUUCUGCGUAAAGUUUGGAUGUGCUUCAAACCCUUGUAUCCAGACAGCGUUGCUCGAUAUGUGCACAAGGUGUGAACGGAUGACAGAUGCUGAGGAGAUGUUUGAGCAAUGGCCUUGUAAUCUGAAUAGCUCGAAAGCUACAACGUCGAUGCUCGGUGGUUACUUCCGGAACGGCUUGCCUGAAAAGGCUUUAUCGCUGUUCCAUCGAACUCUUAAAGAAGAGAAGCUUGUUUUAGAUGAAGUUUCGUUGACUUUGGCUCUUGCCGUGUGUGGGACGUUAGGGUUUGUGGAAAUGGGUGAUCAGAUCCACGGCUAUGCUCUUAAAAGUGGGUACUUUAGUGAUGUAGGAUUAGGGAACUCUUUGAUUAGCAUGUACUCUAAAUGCUACCACUUCAAUGACGCCAUAAAGGUUUUCAACACUAUGCGAGAACACGAUGUUGUAUCUUGGAACAGCUUGAUCUCUUGCUACAUUCUUCAAAGGAAUGGUGACGAGGCGUUAACUCUAUGGUUGAGGAUGAAUAAGGAAGGUAUCAAGCCUGAUGCAAUCACUCUCGCUCUUGUUAUCUCAUCAUAUAAGUACACAGAGUCAGAUAAGCUUAGUACCUGCCGUGAUCUGUUUCUCUCCAUGGAGACUAUUCAUGGCAUUUCACCAACGACUGAACAUUACACUGCAUACGUCCGUGUUCUUGGUCACUGGGGCCUUCUCGAAGAAGCGGAAGAGACAGUAAACUCCAUGCCGUUUCACCCCGAGGUCUCUGUUUUGAGAGCGCUGCUCGAUAGCUGCAGAGUCCAUUCAAACGCAAGCAUGGCGAAACGCGUAGCGAAGCUUAUACUAUCCGCAAAACCUGACAACCCGUCUGAAUACAUCCUCAAAUCCAACAUCUACUCAGCGUCAGGGCUCUGGCACCGCACCGAGACGAUAAGAGAGGAGAUGCGCGAAAGAGGCUAUCGAAAACAUCCUUCUAGAAGCUGGAUAGUCCAUGGGAAUGCAAUACACUCCUUCCACGCGCGUGACACGUCCCACCCGGAAGAGAAAGACGUAUACAGCGGGCUGGAGAUACUGAUAAUGGAGUGUCUGAAGGCUGGAUACGAACCUAACACAGAGUUUGUUCUUCAGGAGGUUGAUGAGCUUACGAAGAAGAGUUUCUUGUUUCACCACAGUGCGAAACUGGCUUUGACUUAUGGCAUUCUCACGGCCAAGAACCAGAGAGAGCCGGUUCGGGUUGUGAAGAACGUGAUGGUUUGUGGUGAUUGUCACGAGUUCUACAAGUACGUGUCUGUUGUGGUGAAGAGAGAGAUAGUUUUGAGAGACUCCUCAGGGUUUCAUCGGUUUGUUAAUGGAAAGUGUUCUUGUAAAGAUCUCUGGUGAAUCACACAACAAGUGCUUCAAGUUGUUGUUGUCUCUAUUUGGUUUUGUAAUGUAUCCCGUUUUAUUAUAUAGUUGUAAGUUGUUAAUAUACAAGAGUUCUUUUGGGGUUGGGA